AUGCCGUGCGAGAGUUGCGCGGUGCAGUUUAGUGUUUUUAAAAGAAAACGGGCUUGUUCUGAAUGCGAGAGAUACUACUGUAGUGGAUGUCUACGACGGGGCGGAGGCACUAUGUGUGCCCCUUGUAGGGUGCUCUCUACAAGACCCUUGGCCAGACAAACUAUAGCCCACUUGAAAGUCCGUGACCUCCAAUGUUUUCUGCAACGGCAGAACGUAUCUACAAGGGGCUGCGUCGAAAAAGAAGAACUAGUCACUCUUUGUGUAUCCCACGUGAAUAGCGCGGCGUACAGGCGGCGAGGACCACGCGCCGGUGCAAGUCCUUUUAGUUCACUCAAAGGCUUCACAAAUAAUAUCAAUGAUUUCAUCAAUUCUGCUUUUGAUCUUCGGAACCCAGCGCAUCCAGCUCAGCCAAAUAAUACUAGAAGUAAUUGCUUUAACUCAUCACAUGCACAUUCGCCCACUAAUGGGACUACACCAGAUGUCAACAACAUACCUGACAGGCGCUUCACUCCCACUCCAGGAGGCGAGCGCGACAUCCGCGUGCCCGGCGUGCCCGCCGCGCCUGACGUGCCUGUGGGGGCUGAGGCGGGGGAGGACGGGGACGUGGAGGGCGCGCACGUCGACACCACCGACUGCUUCGAGAUAGAGGACCUGGACGACACCGGCUGGGAGUUCAUCACGCGGCCCGCCGACCCGCUGCCUAAUGACUCGGAGGUGCUGCUGACGGCGGCGGAGCGCGGGGAACGCGCGGGCGCCACGCCGCAGCGCGCCGCGUCGGAGCUGGAACUGCGCAACGCGGCGGCGGCCAGCGCCGACACCGCCAGCCUGCAGGACGAGCCCCUGCUGCACGACGCGCAGCACUCGGAUGAAGGUGGCGGUGACGAGUGUGGGGGCGGCGAGGCGCCGAUGUGGUCGGGCGAGGUGACGCUGGCGGCGGUGCGGCGCGCGUCGCAACUGGAGCAGCUGAGCGUGCGCCAGCUGAAGGCGCUGCUGGCGCGCAACCGCGUGGAGUUUCGCGGCUGCCUCGAGCGCGCCGACUUGCUGCAGCGCGCGCGCACUCUGUGGCGGGAACACGCCAAGUACAGGGACGAAAUCGACAACCUGCCGUUCGAGGAGAGCUGUAAGAUCUGCAUGGCGGCACCGCUGGAGUGCGUGCUGCUGGAAUGCGGCCACAUCGCCGCCUGCACCGCCUGCUCCAAGCAGUUGGCCGAGUGCCCCAUCUGCCGCCAGUACGUCGUACGAGCCGUGCGCUUCUUCCGCUCA